CCGAUUUCGUCCGCAGAUUGCAGCGAAAAGAAACACCGUCGCGAUGUCGUGUAACGACAAUUUUUCUCUGCUUAUCUUUCGCAUUCCUUUCGUUAUUCUUUUCUCUUUGCGUCCCUUGCCCUCUUGCUCCGUGUCGAAAGCAUAGAAAAUAAGUAGCAAGGUUUGCGACGUAUUUACAUUCGUUCGGUAAAUGUGCUCCGCCACGCCAGGUUAUAAAUACUAUCAGUUUAUAAAUAAUCGUCAGAAAUAUCGCGGGACGAUUGCGAGAGGCGGCAUAGUCGCAUGGAACCAACUGGAACUUGUAUGCUAGAACCGACUGGUGAAACGUGUUGCGCACGCGAUCCAUCACAACCGUUGAUAGAGGAAAUCGAUCGAAAGCAGAAUACGGAAGUAGCGAGUUCGGGCGAGUUUCCGCCUGAAUACUUAAUCAAGCAUCCAUUGCAAAACACCUGGACUCUGUGGUAUUACGAGCCCGAUAGGACUAAAACAUGGGAAGAAAGUCAACGGGAAAUAACGAGCUUUGAUACAGCUGAGGAUUUCUGGAGCUUGUACAACCACAUAAAAACAGCCUCAGAGUUAAGACAAGGUUGUGACUAUAGCAUGUUUAAGCAAGGAAUUCGGCCUAUGUGGGAGGACGAUCAGAACAAGUGUGGUGGACGAUGGCUAAUAAAUCUAGACAAAAAGCAAAGAACUACAGAUCUAGAUAAUUUUUGGUUAGAAAUUCUGCUCUGUAUGAUUGGGGAAGCCUUCAAUGAAUAUUCCGAUGACGUUUGUGGAGCUGUAGUAAAUAUCAGACCAAAAGGAGAUAAACUCGGUGUCUGGACGUCAAAUGCAGAUUGCGCAGAUAGUGUUAUGGAAAUUGGCCGAAAACUCAAGGAAAGAUUAAGGAUUACAUCUAAAACUACUAUGGGAUAUCAAGUACAUAAAGAUACUAUGGUGAAAGCUGGCAGUCAAACAAAAAAUACUUAUACACUUUAAAUAUCAUUAAAAAUUUAUGAUA